GCAGUCUCUGCUGGGCCCGUCUGACAAUCCUGGUGGUGUUCGUCGACCAGGUGUGAAGUCUGCUGUCACCAUGUCUGACGUUGAGGAAGUGGAUCAGUACGAGGACGAGGAAGCCCAGGAGGAGGUAGUAGAAGUAGAAGUAGCCCCUGAGGCGGAGGCCCAGGUAGAAGCAGAACCAGAAGUAGAGCCUGAACCAGAAGCAGAGCCAGAACCAGAACAAGAACCAGAACCUGAGGAGGAAGAGGCCUAUGAAGAAGAAGAGGAAAAGCCAAAGUUCAAACCCUCUGCUCCGAAGAUCCCUGAUGGCGAGAAAGUAGACUUUGAUGACAUCCAGAAGAAACGUCAAAACAAAGACCUGGUCGAGCUGCAGUCGCUGAUCGAUGCUCACUUUGAGUGCAGAAAGAAGGAAGAAGAGGAGCUCAUUGCUCUCAAAGAAAGAAUUGAGAAGCGCCGCGCUGAGCGAGCUGAGCAGCAGAGGAUUCGUGCUGAGAAGGAUAAAGAGCGGCAGGCCAGGCGGGAGGCUGAACGGAUGAGAAAGGAGGAUGCCGAAGCCCACAGGAAGGCUGAGGAUGAAGCCAAGAAGAAGAUAGCUCUGACAAAUAUGGGGUCCGGCUACAGCGGCCUUCUGCAGAGGGCUGAACAGAGGAGAGGCAAGAAGCAGACUGAAAGAGAAAAGAAGAAGAAGAUUCUGGCAGAGAGACUCAAACCCCUGACUAUCGACAAUCUCAGCGAGGACAAUCUGAAGGAAAAGGCGAAGGAGCUGUGGUCAUGGCUGCACAACCUGGAGGCAAUUAAGUACGAUUACUGCGAGAGGCUCAAGAGACAGAGAUAUGAGGUGAUCUCUCUCAGAAACCGCAUCGAUGAGCUGCAGAAACACAGCAAGAAGGGAGCCGCCUCACGCCGCAGAAAGUGAGCGGCUCCUCGGUGCCGUUCAGGCCGGACAGGAGGCUCGUUUCCUCGGCCAAGGCAGUGGCCCAGACCACCGAGACACCUGCAGCUCCGGUACCACGGCAACAACUGGACGUCUUACCGCCUGUGUUUGCUUAAUUGAGUGAAAUUGUUUUCUGGAUGAAUUUAACUCCAAUAAAGAAAUAAAAAAGUUUUACAUCAA